AUGUCCGAGUUUGACGCACUGCACGAUCGUGCCGUGUCGCCCACGGACUCGUUUACCGGCUCUGUCAACGUCGGCCCGACUGGGGCGCUUUCUCCUGGUGGUCGCCCGCAGCGCGUCGGGUCGUCGGCCUCGCUGCUGCUCCUCGGCCACACGGCUGUCGACACUGCCCACAUGCCCGAGGACGUCCAGGACUGGGAGUGGCCCGGCAGCGGCGUCGCCGAGCGCAUCAACGAUCUGACAUACACGUUCGCCCAAUCGCCUGUGCCAACCCGAACAUCGGUCAGCCACCACGGCGCGGACAACAGCACCAACAUCAACAGCGACGACGAGGAUGCUGGCUUGAUGGGUCGUGGCAAGCCGGCACCUUCGGGCGAUGGCGGCGCUGGCGACGAAAAGGCGAACGAUGUCACCAUCCCUUUGCUGGGUGGCGCGGUGCAAUCCGCCCACAAGAAGCUCGGCCAGCUCGCAGCCACUGCCAUUGCUGGCAACGACAUCACUGGUAGCUGUCUCUACACGCUUGGUAUCUGCACCUACUAUGCGGGUAUUUGGGCACCGCUUUCCCUCUUUCUGGUCGUCAUCAUGCUGUACUUUUUCCGCUCCAUCUAUGGAGAGGUCGUCACGGCACUGCCCGUCAACGGUGGCACGUACUCUGUUCUGCUCAACACAUCGACCAAGCUGCUUGCCGCGCUGGCAGCGUGCUUGACCAUCUUGUCGUACAUUAGCACGGCUGUAGUGAGCGCGGCUUCCUCCAUGGAGUACUUCAUCGGUCUGUACAGCGACACCAACGUCAAGGUCGGCACCAUUUGCGUGUUGGGCAUCUUCUGCCUCCUCACCUUGAUGGGCAUUAAAGAGUCUGCUCCUGUCGCCGUGACCAUCUUUAUUCUCCAUCUCCUCACCCUGACGAUUCUGAUUGUCGCCUGUUUUGUUGAUGCCUGCCAAGAUGGCUUCAAGAGACUUUCUCACAACUGGGAAAUCCGAGCGGAUCCCGACUUUCCCUACCCGGAUGUUGGCAAUGCCAUUUUCUACGGUUUUUGCGCAGCCAUGCUCGGUAUCACUGGUUUCGAGACCUCGGCCAACUACGUGGAAGAGCAAGCGCCGGGCGUGUUUGUCAAGACUCUGCGCAACAUGUGGAUUGCUGUGGGUCUUUUGAACCCGACCUUGAGCUUCCUGUCGCUCUGCACUCUUGAUCUGAAGGACGCCGUUCUGGGAUCCACGAACGGCACGAGCACGAGCGGCGGCAACAAUGCUUUGCUCUUGGCAAUGGUUCCCUCCUCGUACACGUGGCUGCAGAAGCUCGUCUCGGCUGACGCCGCGCUUGUCCUGAUGGGCGGUGUGUUUACCAGCUAUGUCGGCAUCACCGGUCUCGUUCGCCGGCUUUCGCUCGAUCGCUGCCUCCCCAGUGUGCUGGCCAAGACAAACCGCUUCACGCACUCGAAUCACUACAUUAUCAUUGGCUUCUUCCUGCUGUGCACGUCCUUGUAUCUCAUUCUCGACGGCAACCUGCUUGACUUGUCGGGCAUCUACACGCUCAGCUUUUUGGUCGUCAUGGGCUUGUUUGCUGUCGGCAAUCUGUUGCUCAAGUAUUCGCGCUCCAAGUUGCAACGCAAAGUCCACGCAAACAAACUCGGCGUGCUUCUUGCCCUGUCGGCUGUUGGUGCUGCGCUCGUUGGCAACAUUCUCCUCAACGUCGAGAAUGUCAAGUGGUUCUUUUUGUACUACUCGGUUGCCGUCAUGUCGGUCAUCAUCAUGCUCCGACGCACCUUUGUGCUCAAGCUCCUAUUGCGCUUCCUUCGUAACAUCAAGCACCAUCCUCUCAUCUUUUUCUGGCGGCCUACCCAAUGGGCGCUUGAUGCAUGCAUCUCGGCCAUGCGUUCCAUCAAGUCGCAAAAGAUGGUCUUCUUCGCCAAGACGGAGGACAUUACCGUCAUGAACAAGGCUGCCAUGUACGUGCGCGACAACGAACACACCAUGUGGCUUCAAAUUGUGCACGUGCACGCUCGCGGCGUACCAGUGCCUGCCGGACUGGAAGAGAAUGUGCGGACGCUCGAUCGCAUCUACCCCAAGAUGCGCAUUGACUUUAUUGCAGUCCAACACGACACGUUUGAUGGUGAGGCGAUCGAUCUCAUCAGUCAGCGUCUCGAGUUUGCCCAGGAUAUGGGUCAGCUCGGCAACGUCCGCCUCAUCACACAUUAA